GAACUCCUGUGAGAAAUGAUAUUCAAAAUUUGAAAGUGGAUCUCCCGCCAAAAAUUAUCCUAACCUAACUAAUAAUGGUCAACGUUCAAUUUCUUGAGUUAUGAUUUUGGAAGGCAUAAAUGAAUAGUAAAUGAGUGAGGAACGAAAAAAGAGCACGAACAUAAUUCAAAACUGUAGAAGUCACUAUUAUAAUGAAACUCUAAAUAGUUUCAGGGAAUUGAGGAGGUUUGAAUAGUAUCUCAGUAACUUAAUUUUUGUGAACUGAAAAAAAAAAUCAAAUGGAUGAUUCUUUAGCAAAUGUGGCUGCAGAAUUCGACGAAGACUUUAAUGAAUUAGAUGCACAAAUUGCGGGUCCUUCCACUUCAGAUCCAGGCCAAAAAACAGGCAAAGUUUCAACAAAAACUCACAGUAUUUUGGUAAAUCAAAAACAAAGAGGAAAUCCAUUACUCAAAGCUAUACAUAAUGUUACUUGGGAAUAUGACGAUAUUGUUCCAGAUUAUCAAAUGGGUCAAUCAAUAUGUGCCUUAUUUUUAUCAUUACGUUAUCACAAUUUGAAUCCAGAUUAUAUUCAUGAUAGACUGAAGAAGCUUGGACAGAUGUACCAGUUACGAGUUUUACUUGUUCAGGUUGAUAUCAAAGAUCCUCAUCAUGUGUUGAAAAAUUUAACAAGAAUAUGCAUCCUGGCUGAUUUAACCUUGAUCUUAGCUUGGAGUUCUGAAGAAGCCGGGAAAAUAAUAGAAACCUAUAAAAUUUACGAAAAUAAACCUGCUGAUAAUAUUAAAGAAAAGAGUGAAUCUUCUCCUCAUUUGAGACUUAUUCAGGCUUUAACAUCUAUAAAACCUGUCAACAAAUCUGAUGCCAUGGCUUUGAUUGACAAAUAUAAGACUCUGAAAGGUAUUUUACAAGCAAGUGAAUUUCAAAUCGCAGAAAUGCCUGGUUUUGGGACAAGAAAAGCCAAAAAACUCUACAGCACCUUGCAUACUAAAUUCUGUAAGUGAUGAUGUAAGUAACAGAGAAAGAAAAAACUAGAGUCCAAGACUGUUUUGUCCAUUUGAUAAGAUCAAUACCACUAGCGUAUUUUUUAUAGUAACAGUUGGUUAGAAAAGCAAAUAAAUAUUUCACCUAGUCUCUAUUUACUCAAAUUGAUUAUCUCCAAGUAGCAACAGAAGGCCUUACAUAAAAUUGAUUUUUUUCUCAACAAGAAUGUUGUGAUUGAUGAGUGAAUAGCUUAAAAUCAUUUUAUUUAUUGUGGAAUUUGUCAGGUUAUUUAAUCUUUUAAGUUUGUCGAAGUGUUCUAAAAGCCAGUGCAAAUGAAAGUAAUACUUCGAGCCAAUUAGUAGUCUAUGUAAUAUUUAUAAAUGAAAGGAACUCAAAAAGUACAAUUUACUUUGUUUUUCAUUCUUCUUAUAUCGAGUUUUAAGACAAACAAAUUGAUUGCUUUUGAAAAAAUUUUCUAUGGUUAACGAAAAAAAAGUAUAUUUUUUUUAUGAUAAAACUGAAGAUUGACAUAGUAUAAAUACUAGUAAAAACUUCACUGUCACUUGUGAUUUCCACAAUGCAUGUUUUUUCUUCGUGUGUUGCUCCUAUUUCUAACUUCACUUUUGGUUAAAAGUGACAAAUACCAUUUCAUAACCAAUGAUUGAGCUGAAGUUAUGUGGCCCCAUGCAUCACAAACAGAAAGAGGUAUGGAGACAGACCCAUGUAUAUGGUUGCCAGAUUUCACAACUAUUCUUUAGUUUCAUGAAUGAAAAAGGGACUCUGCCACACAUACUCUUCAAGUCAUUUGAAGUUUCUGAAGUAAUAAUUUCUUUGAAAAAUCGUGAGAGAUAUCUUCUGAAUUAUAGGAAACUUCCUCAUAAAAUCUUGAAAUCAUAUUCUAUUUAUGCAUUUGAGAGAACUUAGGUAUUUAUUACUUCUUGAGGAGUUUAUUAUGAAACAAUGUUAAUUGUUUUUAGGAAAUUCAAAUAAAUCUCUAUGAAUGUCACUCUUGAACUCAAAUUUGUCUAAGUUUCAACAUCAACUGAACUAUAUCCCUGAGGAAUUUGCAUUUUUUUGUGAUUAUUAUAUAAAUGAAUUAUAUAAAUUCAGAA